UGCCCAGGUGACCCGUUACUUCUCACAUCUGAGCAGAGCGCUACCGCAGAAAGAAAAGCCGGUUCGCCCUGCUAAUUUGCUGCCCCCUUUUCCCCGUCCCCUUCCCUCUCUUCCUGUAAGGGAGGAAUAGGCGUGAAGUUUGUUUUUUCUCGGUUCAUGGUAGUGAAGUUAUGGGGCUGCUUCAGGCCGGAUAAAGUCCUCGCCGCUUCCUCUUUCGGGACUAUUAGUGGAUCAGACUUCACGCUGUGCAGACUUGCUCUUGGGCUGCAAAUAACUCUCUGCCCCUUCACCCCUAACCCCACCCUCAAUCCCAUCCCUGUGGGGGGAACCAGGCAGGGGCCUCAUUUUGCCUUUUGCCCCUCUGCUGGUGUGAGAAAAGCACCCUUUCACAACUAGUAGAGUACCAGAUACUGGUCUCAUUUCACAAAUAGUAGAGUACCAGAUAUUGGUCGCAGUCUGGACUCUGGUCUUUUGGAUCUAAAUCGGGGUCGCGGUCUAUUUUUUUGUUCUUUUUUUGGAUAUAACCCAGGGCUCUUGCCUUUUACAAACCGAGUCUAUCUGACUGCCAGCUAAAGUUCAUCUGUGGUUGGUGCAGUUUUAGGCCCAGGUUAGCCCUGAAAAUAGAGUAUCAGAAAAGUGGAUUACUGCCUUUCCUUCUUAUGAAAACAGAAUAGGCUGUGUUUUUGAGUCCUCCCUCCAGCCCACGUGCCUAAGUGGCUUUCAUUGCUAAUUCCCUGUAUGUUCUGCUGCUCCAGGCCAUUCUGCCUUCAGAUUUUCUCCACUUGUGGGUAACCAUGAAGUAGUUAUACUGACUCUCUGCUCUCCGUGGGUGCAUUCUUCUCAUGCUCAGUAAAUCUACAUUUUACAUAAGAUAACGUAAGCAUGUGAAAUUAUAGCUAUCUGUUUGGCAACAAAAGGAAUGCAGUUUUGUUUUCGGUUUUGUUUUUUGCAUGACUGAGUUCCCAAGCUUAACUUUUACCCUUGGCAUCCUGAGCUUGGGGUCCUUAGGUUGUAUUUUCCUUUCACAGCUGUCAGCAGAGACAGGUGGCCAUCAACAGUUAGGAAAGAGGCUCCUUGAGUGGCUGGUGCCUGUCUUCCCAGCGCUUUGGGAGGCUGAGGUGGGAGGAUUGCUUGAGCCCAGGAGUUCGAGGCUUAGAGCUGGGAUCAUUUGGUUGGAGCUAGGAUGGUGCCACUGCACUCCAUCCGGGUGACAAAGUUGAGACCCUGUCUUUAACCUACCCCCCAAUGCCCUGCUGCCCCCCCCCCCAAAAAAAAAUAACUGGGCAGGAGAAAGUGCUUUCAGAGUCCAAGACUCAGGUUCCAUGUUUGGAGUUGAGAGUCCGCCCCAGUAGGGUUGAGGUGGCAUGGCAGCCUGUGGGGCUUUAAUGGAGAAUCUGCUUGGAAGGGGCGGGUGCUCCAAGUGUUCUGGGAGCUGAGAAGCAGGACUUUAUUAUGGAUGACACCAGGCCAUCCUGGACCCUUCUUUCAUCCAGUCUUGCUGGGGAGGGGUACAGAGCCACGAGGAUGCUGAGAACUGUUCAUGAUAACCUCCAGGGCUGCUGCUAGCCUAUUCAGUCCUUCGCAUGAAUUGGAAUAAGAUACUCCAUCUUGGCAAGAGGAUGGGACUUGAUGCCUCUUAGAAAUACUGGCCUUACUUGAGUGGACAUAGCCAAGCCAUGUAGCUGGGCAAGUGGCAUGUGAGCUGGAUUUAUCCUCACCCCUUAGCCAGGUGCCUUGAGCAGUACACUGCCUGGUCCACCAUUCACAGCAGCCCUGAUAAACAACCACUAUUGAGGGCUUAACAUUCACCAGGCUUUUUUUUUUUUUUUUUUCCUAAAAGUACUUAGCCUGUAUUAACUCAUUUAAUCCUCACAGUAGCCAUAUGAGUUAGGUAUUGUUAACUCCAUUUUACAGAUGAGGAAACUGAGGCACAGGGAUAUUAAGUGUUCCGGAGCCUAGAAGGUGAGUCUUAAUCACUGGGCAUUCAUAGACCAAGAAACAACUUAAGCUUAAAAAGCUAGUUUAAUUGGGAACCCUCGUGGGAAAGGCGGAAGAACAGUUGCCUUUUUCUUGCUUUGUCAAAGGAGGAAAUACCCAUUCUCAGUCCAGGUGGAGGAAGGAGGGAAAUUCAUCUGGCAGGAGGAAGAGGAGGAAAGAAAGAGGCAAGCCGGGCCUUGAUGGCUGAUGGGGAGCCUGGCCCAAGAAUCAAGUGACUUUCCUUAAUCUCUGGGCGGUGUGAGGUGGCAGAUCCAGUUUGGGGCCUGGCAUGAGGGUGAUGAGUAAGUGCCCCCAGGUGUGGCUCAGAGGAAAACGGCGGUGGCUGCAUGCAGGUCCUGACCUAGGCAGAGAGCGAGUGGAAGGAGGUGAGACAACUGUCCUGACCUUCCAAACCACUAAUCCCCAUCUGUGGUCUCUUGCUUCCUUGUUGAAGUCCUGUUCACCCACAAAUGCCCUUCUCAAGUUCCUCCAAGAACCCGUCCUGAAACUCCAUUUCACAGUUCCAUAUACACGAUCACUUAGUUUCCACACCGUACAGCUGAGCACUUAAUUAGCUGGAACCGAGCAUUUCACUAUGUACUGUCGAGAGGCACUUUAAACAAAAUAGGCUUCUCAUCAGUGAGGAAGUCAAGAUGCCUCCUGGGAGGGGCCAGCUGGUGCCCAGCAGAUUGCUCAGAGGGUGGUGUUUACCUGGAUCAUGUCACUUGUCCCAGGGGAUGGCUCUUAGCUGUGCCCGCGCUCAGAAACCCGACUUCCAUAAUUUUCAGAGUGGUUUGGACUCAAGCUACUGAUUGACCCUGAGAAAGCUCCCAGAAGAGGGUGUACGAAUCAGAAUGCUGGUUUAUUAAUUUGCAAGGAGACUUUGCAAACAUCACACAGACUGAAUGUCGUCUCUUCCCUGCAUCCUAGACAAGCCAUACGGGAAACCAAAGACCAGAAGGUGGACUGCGCUUAUCAAAGCUGGAGUCAGAACCAGGCAGGAGGAGCAUGGGGUGGGGGUGGGGGACAGUGAUGUCCAAUAGUGCAGGGCUUUGUCUACCUCUGCGGCCCUCUCACCAGCAGAAAGAUAGCUGCCAGGUAGACUGGAUACUCAGGUCAGCCUGGCUGUGGGCAUCUCCUUGGCCAGUGCCUCAAGGGCAGUAUUUCCCUGAGAAAUCCUGGUAGCAUUUCUCCCUUUCCUCUCUCAUAGUGUAUACUUUUUUAUUUUAUUUACCUAUUUGUUUAGUGCUUUGCAAGCAUUAGCUCCCAGAGACAUAGAUUUGCGUUUGCGUAAAUUCGGUAACUACUGUACAAUCUCGGGGUUGUAAGGCUAGGCCAUGAGAGUAAGUGCUAUAUGCAAAUCAAGAGGAUGAUCCGGUAACCUGGAUGGAUCAAUAGAAAGCCAAGCAUAGAGCAAAGAUACAUGGUCCCUAAUCAGCAUGGAGGCUGGGCCAAGGCUGGCCAGUUAUUGCGUCCCCUGUGUAGGCCAGGGGGUGAAGCAUUCCUAAAGCAGUGCCUGCUUUGGCUGCCUCAGGCAACCUGCCCUCCUCAGCUGGCCUCUUUGGAUUUAAAGGGCUCUUUCUGGUCUCUGUCCAGGCCCUUCAUGGCUCAUCUUUAGUGAGGUGCAUCUCCAGGUGCCCAGAGCCAAGGAGGUGUGACUGCAUGGGCUUUGAAGUGGGGCAGACUUGAGUUGAGUCCUGGCUCCACCACUCAGUGGUUGGGCGUUCUCAGUAGUUGGGCAGGUGCCUUGAUUCUUCAAGUCUCGGUAACAUCAUCAGUAAAAUGGGGAUGACCCUCAGGGCUGUGGGGAGGGUUGACCCAGAUGAUGCACAGAAGGCACUGAGCACCGUGCCUGGCGCAGACUGGAAACCUGGCCAGUGUGCGCUCUUCAGGACAGCAGAGGUCAGUUGGAGGUCUGCAUUCUCUGCCGACUUGGGCCCCAACUUCCCCAUCAGGUCGCUGCUCCCUCCUCUGAGGUCUGGACAAAGGACAAGGCUGUAGGGACCUAGACUGUCCUAGACGGGGAGGACAUCUAUCCUCGGUGCUCUUUACAGCAGUUUGUUUGGAGCUGCUCUUCCUGAUCUUUUGGCUGACUCUGGCAGAGGGAAAGUCAGAUUUGAGGCCUGAGCUCUAACACGCAUCCAGAGAGGAAGGAAGGGUGAAGAGCUCUUCUGGGAGAGGAAAGGGGUCAUUUGGGAGUGCCCCAGAGGCCUGUAGACCCCUCCUCAACAGUUUAGGACUUGUGAUGUUUUCCCACAGAGCGCACAUUCCCCCUCUAUCCGUUAGGCCCACCCCGUGACAUCAGUGAAACGGAAGCACCCUGCAGGUGACAUCACUGUUGCUCAGGGCAACACCUCCACACUAAGGCGGACGGGGAGGUGAAAAAUCGGCCUCAAGUGUGAGACACACGUUGAAGGGAAGGGACAUAGAAGGUGUAACGUUCACAGGAGAGCUCCAGCCAUGGCCAUGGGGCUCUUUCGCGUGUGUCUGGUGGUGGUGACGGCCAUCAUCAACCACCCGCUGCUGUUCCCGCGGGACAACGCCACGGUCCCCGAGAAUGAGGAGGAGAUCAUCCGCAAGAUGCAGGCGCACCAGGAGAAGCUGCAGCUGGAGCAGCUGCGCCUGGAGGAGGAGGUGGCUCGGCUGGCGGCCGAGAAGGAGGCACUGGAGCAGGUGGCAGAGGAGGGCAGGCAGCAGAACGAGACACGCGUGGCCUGGGACCUCUGGAGCACCCUCUGCAUGAUCCUCUUCCUGAUGAUCGAGGUGUGGCGGCAGGACCACCAGGAGGGGCCCUCACCUGAGUGCCUGGGCGGUGAGGAGGAUGAGCUGCCUGGGCUGGGAGGCGCCGCCUUGCAGGGCCUCACCCUGCCCAACAAGGCCACGCUUGGCCACUUUUAUGAGCGCUGCAUCCGGGGGGCCACGGCCGAUGCAGCCCGUACCCGGGAGUUCCUGGAAGGCUUCGUGGAUGACUUGCUGGAAGCCCUGAGGAGCCUCUGCAACCGGGACACCGACAUGGAGGUGGAGGACUUCAUUGGCGUGGACAGCAUGUACGAGAACUGGCAGGUGGACAGGCCACUGCUGUGCCACCUUUUCGUGCCCUUCACACCCCCCGAACCCUACCGCUUCCACCCAGAGCUCUGGUGCUCCGGCCGCUCAGUGCCCCUGGAUCGCCAGGGCUACGGCCAGAUCAAGGUGGUCCGCGCCGAUGGGGACACACUGAGCUGCAUCUGCGGCAAGACCAAGCUCGGGGAAGACAUGCUGUGUCUCCUGCACGGCAGGAACAGCAUGGCGCCUCCCUGCAGCGACAUGGAGAACCUGCUGUGUGCCACAGAUUCCCUGUACCUGGACAAGAUGCAGGUCAUGAAGUGGUUCCAGACGGCCCUCACCAGAGCCUGGCACGGCAUCGCCCACAAGUACGAGUUCGACCUGGCCUUUGGCCAGCUGGACAGCCCGGGCUCCCUGAAGAUCAAGUUCCGUUCAGGGAAGUUCAUGCCCUUCAACCUGAUUCCUGUGAUCCAGUGUGAUGACUCGGACCUGUACUUUGUCUCCCACCUUCCCAGGGAGCCCUCUGAGGGCACCCCAACCUCCAGCACAGACUGGCUCCUGUCCUUUGCUGUCUACGAGCGACACUUCCUCAGGACGACACUAAAGGCGCUGCCCGAGGGCGCCUGCCACCUCAGCUGCCUGCAGAUAGCCUCCUUCCUGCUCUCCAAGCAGAGCCGCCUGACCGGCCCCAGCGGGCUCAGCAGCUACCACCUGAAGACGGCCCUACUGCACCUCCUACUCCUCCGGCAGGCUGCUGACUGGAAGGCGGGGCAGCUGGAUGCUCGUCUGCACGAGUUGCUGUGCUUCCUGGAGAAGAGCUUGCUCGAGAAGAAGCUCCACCACUUCUUCAUUGGCAACCGCAAGGUGCCUGAGGCCAUGGGACUCCCAGAGGCCGUGCUCAGGGCCGAGCCCCUCAACCUCUUCCGGCCCUUCGUCCUGCAGCGAAGCCUUUACCGUAAGACACUGGACUCCUUCUAUGAGAUGCUCAAGAAUGCCCCAGCGCUCAUUAGCGAGUAUUCCCUACAUGUCCCCUCAGACCGCCAGCCUACCCCAAAAAGCUGACAUCUUGUAGAGCAUGUGGGAUCCUCGAGCUAGGAUGAGGGCAUCCCUCACGUUCACACCCCUGGUGGCAUCUGCCAGCCCUGUUCUGGGGACAAGGAGGGCUUUCGUGGGAGCUGUGCUCAGCCUGCCAGGAAGCCAAGCCCUACAGUGCAGAGGAAACAGAAUUUCAACGGGAGGCUGGUUUGCUUCAUACCAUUGGGAUCUGUUGGCAAAGCUGUUAUUUGGGUUUAGGGACUGAUCCCUUGCAGUUUACUUCUGGAUCACCAUGAAUGGCCAAGAUGGUGGCAGAACACGCUGUGGACCCUGAGUUAGAGACAAUGCAACUGUUGGAUUGGGUGUAAUUCUUUUUGAAUCCCAGAUCCAGUCUGUACUUGAAUAUGAGCAGAGGAUCUACAAGAAUGCUGACAGGCAACCGUGUUAAGACCCAGCACCCCUAUUCCCAGGAGCUCCUGGCCUGACCAUCUGCAGCCAAAGCACUAACAGGGACAGAUGUGGGAAUGUCCAACUUUGAUCCACAUCCUGCACAAUAGUGGUCCCACCAUGGCUGCCAUUUUUUUAUACUAUUUGGAGAAAAGACCUUGUAUAAAUUCGAGGCCCGAGUGACUAACGUCUCUGUCACACGGAAAUGGGUACUUGGUGGCAUACAGAAACACAGCCACUUUUUCAACUACACUUCUCACUCAGGUGCACCUACACUUCUCACUCAGGUGCACCCCCUUCUGCUGUCCUUUCCCCAACGUACUGGGUCCCGAGCGUGGUGGGUGUCAUUUGCCACACUGGGUGCCAGCUCAGCGGCCCCCCACAUCCCUUCAUUCUCUCCA